AUGGACACGUCAUACGUUGUUGAUUCCACGAACAUAAACACAGAAAUGCCAGCAGAUGUUGCAGAAACAGUAGAGAUGGUGGAAGCAGUAGAAGAAAUUUUUAUUGGGAACCCUGAGAAGUUUAGAGAACUCAUUGAUGACGAGAAGCCCCUAUAUAAAGGGUGUCCUAAUUUCACAAAAUUAUCUACAGUCAUACAACUACUCAACUUGAAGAAUGGUGAUGAAAUGUACAGUAGUACAUACGAGGCCAAAAAAGCAUCCAAGGAAAUGGGGUCAGGGUAUACUAAGAUACAUGCAUGUGUCAACAACUAUAUACUUUACAAAAACGAAUACACAGACAUGGCAGCAUGUCCUACUUGUGGUAAAUCAAGAUGGAAGUCUAAGACUAUUGCAAAAGAUUUAACAUGGCACGCAACAGACAGAAAGGUGGAUAUUGGUGUUUUAAGUCAACCAGCUGAUUCACCAGCACGGGCUGCCAUUGAUGACAAAUAUCCUAACUUUGCUAGCAAACCAAGAAAUUUGCGGCUAGGCAUUUCUGCUGACGAAGUCGAUGUGAAUAGAAGAAAGUUCAUCAUGCUUUCGUUAUUGAUUUCGGAUACACCAAUAAACGAUUUUGAUGUGUUCCUAGCACCUUUUAUUGAUGAUCUGCAAUUAUUAUUUGAUAUUGGAGUUGAAACAUACGAUGCAUAUGCACAAGAUGGAUUUCAAGGUUGUGUUGUGUGUGGUGAAGAAACACACUGCAUUAGACUCCCUGAAUCGAAUAAGUUGAGUUAUGCUGGUCAUAGACGAUUUCUACCGUAUGAUCACCCGUUCAGAAGACAAAAAAGGGCAUUCAAUGGACAACAAGAGUUCUCACCCUCUCCAGAACCUAUGAAAUGGGAGGAAGUAUAUAACAAGGUCAAAUUUAUAAUUAAUAAAUGGGGAAAGGUGUCUAAGGGCAAGGAGGCAGAAAUCCAACAAUCUACAACUGGAAGAGAUUUUAUGCAUGUCGAAAAGAACGUGGGCGAGAGUUUAACCGGAACUGUGUUGAACGUUCCCGGAAAGAAGAAAGAUGGUUAUAAAGGUCGAUUGGAUUUGGUUCAUUAUUGUUUAAAACUAGAGUUGCAUCCUAAGAUAGAAGGGAACAACACAACACUUCCCGCAGCAGGUUGUACAUUGACAAAAGAGGAAAAAGACAAAUUAUGUGUGACUUUAUACAAUUUAAGGGUUCCUCAAAGCAAAGAAAUCAAACUGGAUGAGCUCGAUAAGUUGCAAGAGGAGUUAUGUGUAACCUUAUGCCUUCUUGAGAAACACUUUCCACCAUCAUUUUUUGAUGUGAUGAUUCAUUUAACUGUUUAUCUAACUAUGGAAGUAAAAUUAUGUGGUCCAAUAUUCUUUAGAUGGAUGUACCCGUUCGAAAGGUUUAUGAAGGUUAUUAAGGGGCAUGUGCGAAACAAAAAUAGACUAGAAGGAUGCAUUGUAGAAGAGAAUGUUGCAGAAGAGACGAUUGAGUUUUUUAGUGAAUUCCUCAAAAAGAUGGAUAUUGUUGGUAUUCCACCUGAAAAUCAUAACACAUGUGGAAUUCAGAUAAGUGUAGAUAGUAGCUCUAUUACGGACGGUACUCCUCUAUCAGCUGCUAAAUCGGUAGAAGUUUCCGCAGAACUAUUCAGCAAAGCACAUUUCUUUGUAUUGCAAAAUACAUCUGAAGUACUCCUGUAUAUCAAAGAUACAUAUGAAGAUGUAGAUGAAGAAUUUAGUACUUUAGUUCCUCAGAAUGAUAAUAUAUUGCCACGUGUAGACACACUUGAGUUGCAGAAGGAAAAUGAUUAUUUUCGUAUUGAUUUUGAUGGUAUUCUUAUACGUACGAAGGGAAAGGCCAAACCUUGA